AUGAGCUCUAGAGCAAGCAACAAUGAUGAAGUAGAAGCUGAAGAAGCUACCGGGAGCUCUAGAGAAAGCAACAAUGAUGAAGUAGAAGCUGAAGAAGCUACCGGGAGCUCUAGAGAAAGCAACAAUGAUGGAGAAGCUGAAGAAGCUACCAGGAGCUCUAGAGCAAGCAACAAUGAUGGAGAAGCUGAAGAAGCUACCGGGAGCUCUAGAGAAAGCAACAAUGAUGAAGUAGAAGCUGAAGAAGCUACCAGGAGCUCUAGAGCAAGCAACAAUGAUGGAGAAGCUGAAGAAGCUACCGGGAGCUCUAGAGAAAGCAACAGUGAUGAAGGAGAAGCUGAAGAAGCUACCAGGAGCUCUAGAGCAAGCAACAAUGAUGAAGUAGAAGCUGAAGAAGCUACCGGGAGCUCUAGAGAAAGCAACAAUGAUGGAGAAGCUGAAGAAGCUACCGGGAGCUCUAGAGAAAGCAACAAUGAUGAAGGAGAAGCUGAAGAAGCUACCAGGAGCUCUAGAGCAAGCAACAAUGAUGGAGAAGCUGAAGAAGCUACCGGGAGCUCUAGAGAAAGCAACAGUGAUGAAGGAGAAGCUGAAGAAGCUACCAGGAGCUCUAGAGCAAGCAACAAUGAUGAAGUAGAAGCUGAAGAAGCUACCGGGAGCUCUAGAGAAAGCAACAAUGAUGGAGAAGCUGAAGAAGCUACCGGGAGCUCUAGAGAAAGCAACAAUGAUGAAGGAGAAGCUGAAGAAGCUACCAGGAGCUCUAGAGCAAGCAACAAUGAUGGAGAAGCUGAAGAAGCUACCGGGAGCUCUAGAGAAAGCAACAGUGAUGAAGGAGAAGCUGAAGAAGCUACCAGGAGCUCUAGAGCAAGCAACAAUGAUGAAGUAGAAGCUGAAGAAGCUACCAGGAGCUCUAGAGCAAGCAACAAUGAUGAAGUAGAAGCUGAAGAAGCUACCAAGAGCUCUGGAGCAAGCAACAAUGAUGAAGUAGAAGCUGAAGAAGCUACCAGGAGCUCUAGAGCAAGCAACAAUGAUGAAGUAGAAGCUGAAGAAGCUACCAAGAGCUCUAGAGCAAGCAACAAUGAUGAAGUAGAAGCUGAAGAAGCUACCAGGAGCUCUAGAGCAAGCAACAAUGAUGAAGUAGAAGCUGAAGAAGCUACCAAGAGCUCUGGAGCAAGCAACAAUGAUGAAGUAGAAGCUGAAGAAGCUACCAGGAGCUCUAGAGCAAGCAACAAUGAUGAAGUAGAAGCUGAAGAAGCUACCAAGAGCUCUAGAGCAAGCAACAAUGAUGAAGUAGAAGCUGAAGAAGCUACCAGGAGCUCUAGAGCAAGCAACAAUGAUGAAGUAGAAGCUGAAGAAGCUACCAGGAGCUCUAGAGAAAGCAACAAUGAUGAAGUAGAAGCUGAAGAAGCUACCAGGAGCUCUAGAGCAAGCAACAAUGAUGAAGUAGAAGCUGAAGAAGCUACCAAGAGCUCUGGAGCAAGCAACAAUGAUGAAGUAGAAGCUGAAGAAGCUACCAGGAGCUCUAGAGCAAGCAACAAUGAUGGAGAAGCUGAAGAAGCUACCGGGAGCUCUAGAGAAAGCAACAAUGAUGAAGGAGAAGCUGAAGAAGCUACCAGGAGCUCUAGAGCAAGCAACAAUGAUGAAGUAGAAGCUGAAGAAGCUACCAGGAGCUCUAGAGAAAGCAACAAUGAUGGAGAAGCUGAAGAAGCUACCGGGAGCUCUAGAGAAAGCAACAAUGAUGAAGGAGAAGCUGAAGAAGCUACCAGGAGCUCUAGAGCAAGCAACAAUGAUGGAGAAGCUGAAGAAGCUACCGGGAGCUCUAGAGAAAGCAACAAUGAUGAAGGAGAAGCUGAAGAAGCUACCAUGAGCUCUAGAGCAAGCAACAAUGAUGAAGUAGAAGCUGAAGAAGCUACCGGGAGCUCUAGAGAAAGCAACAAUGAUGAAGGAAAAGCUGAAGAAGCUACCAGGAGCUCUAGAGCAAGCAACAAUGAUGGAGAAGCUGAGGAAGCUACCAGGAGCUCUGGAGCAAGCAACAGUGAUGAAGGAGAAGCUGAAGAAGCUACCAGGAGCUCUAGAGCAAGCAACAAUGAUGAAGUAGAAGCUGAAGAAGCUACCAAGAGCUCUGGAGCAAGCAACAAUGAUGAAGUAGAAGCUGAAGAAGCUACCAAGAGCUCUAGAGCAAGCAACAGCGAUGCAGGAGAAGAUGAAGAAGCUACCAGCAGCUCUAGAGAGAAGCUGAGGAAGCUACCAGGAGCUCUAGAGCAAGCAACAGUGACGCAGGAGAAGCUGAGGAAGCUACCAGUAGCUCUAGCGCAAGCGACAGCGAUGCAGGAGAAGAUGAAGAAGCUACCAGCAGCUCUAGCGCAAGCGACAGUGAUGAAGAAGAAGCUGAGGAAGUUACCAGGAGCUCUAGAGCAAGCAACAGUGAUGCAGGAGAAGCUACCAGGAUCUCUAGAGCAAGCAACAGUGACGCAGGAGAAGCUGAGGAAGCUACCAGGAGCUCUGGAGCAAGCGACAGUGACGCAGGAGAAGCUGAGGAAGCUACCAGUAGCUCUAGCGCAAGCGACAGCGAUGCAGGAGAAGAUGAAGAAGCUACCAGCAGCUCUAGAGCAAGCAACAAUGAUGAAGGAGAAGGUACCAGGAGCUCUAGAGCAAGCAACAAUGAUGCAGGAGAAGCUGAGGAAGCUACCAGGAGCUCUAGAGCAAGCAACAAUGAUGCAGGAGAAGCUGAGGAAGCUACCAGGAGCUCUAGAGCAAGCAACAGUGACGCAGGAGAAGCUGAGGAAGCUACCAGGAGCUCUAGAGCAAGCAACAGUGAUGCAGGAGAAGCUACCAGGAUCUCUAGAGCAAGCAACAGUGACGCAGGAGAAGCUGAGGAAGUUACCAGGAGCUCUAGAGCAAGCAACAGUGAUGCAGGAGAAGCUACCAGGAGCUCUAGAGCAAGCAACAGUGACGCAGGAGAAGCUGAGGAAGCUACCAGUAGCUCUAGAGCAAGCAACAGUGAUGCAGGAGAAGCUACCAGGAGCUCUAGAGCAAGCAACAGUGAUGCAGGAGAAGGUACCAGGAGCUCUAGAGCAAGCAACAAUGAUGCAGGAGAAGCUGAGGAAGCUACCAGGAGCUCUAGAGCAAGCAACAAUGAUGCAGGAGAAGCUGAGGAAGCUACCAGGAGCUCUAGAGCAAGCAACAGUGACGCAGGAGAAGCUGAGGAAGCUACCAGUAGCUCUAGCGCAAGCGACAGUGAUGAAGAAGAAGCUGAGGAAGUUACCAGGAGCUCUAGAGCAAGCAACUGUGAUGCAGGAGAAGGUACCAGGAGCUCUAGAGCAAGCAACAAUGAUGCAGGAGAAGCUGAGGAAGCUACCAGGAGCUCUAGAGCAAGCAACAAUGAUGGAGAAGCUGAAGAAGCUACCAGGAGCUCUAGAGCAAGCAACAAUGAUGCAGGAGAAGCUGAGGAAGCUACCAGGAGCUCUAGAGCAAGCAACAAUGAUGCAGGAGAAGCUGAGGAAGCUACCAGGAGGUCUAGAGCAAGCAACAGUGAUGCAGGAGAAGCUGAGGAAGCUACCAGUAGCUCUGGAGAGCUAG